GGUACUGGUAGUACCAUAAUAAGAUGGAAAUCUAGAUUGCCACGAUGCAUUUCUGGGACUCCGGAAUAUUAUCAAUUCAAUAGACCUGACUUGCUGAGAGUCUUCAUGACAUCACCCACCCUUUUCUGAUUUUUCCGGGACUCUCACCAAAAUCUGUUUAUCUCUCUCUUUCUCCUUCAUCACUUCUCUCACGCAGUGUGAAAAAAAUUCUUCUGGGAUUUUAAUAAAUAAUUCUUAGGGUUUUUAAUGGAAAAUUAGGGUUUUUAGUAUUUAUAUUAUGGUCGAUUUGAUCAUAGAAGAGAGAGUUUAAUGAUCUCUUCUUGAUCAAAAGAUAGAGAUAUAGAUAUAGUAGAUUAGAUAGGUAUAUACAGAGAAGAGAAUUGUCGAUCCAACUGAAGUGGAAGAAGAAGACUCUGGUGUACUUCAUUUCUUAUUGUGGCGAUUAAAUUUUAUCUCUAUUCAGGUUAUACUGGAAGAAUGGCGUUACAAGGUUAUAUUUUAGCAUGUCAAAUUCUCUGCUUCUUUAAUUUGCAAAGAUAGUCUUUUCCAUCUGCUGACAUCUCCUUGUUGGAAAAGAGCCAUCUUAGAAAAUGCCUUCUCUUCAGUUAUUGAAGUUAACUGAGCAUGGUCGGAAUCUUUUGGCUUCAAGAAGGAAAAUCCUGGCUAUAGCUACGAGUGUAUUAGUUGUUGGUGGAACAGCUGUGUACAUGCAAUCACGAAGUCGUAUUACCACCAAAACGGUUGUUGAUAAGAAAAGAUCAAAUGAAGUUGAUCAGAACGGUAAAGUUGUUAAAAAAACAGUAAAAAAAGGGAGAUUGAGAUCUCUCAAAGUACUAGCAGCUAUCCUACUGUCUCAUAUGGGCAAAUUGGGUGCGAAGGAUCUUCUUACUCUAGUUGCUAUUGUGGCCUUGCGAACAACUUUGAGCAACAGACUUGCGAAAGUGCAAGGGUUCCUAUUUCGUGCCGCUUUUCUUCGACGUAUACCGGCAUUUUUGCGUCUGAUUCUUGAAAACCUUCUGUUGUGUUUUCUUCAAUCAGCCUUGCUUUCAACUUCAAAAUACAUAACAGGAAGCCUAAGUCUGACGUUCAGAAAAAUAUUGACUGAAAUUACUCAUGCACAUUAUUUUGAGAAUAUGGCAUACUACAAAAUAUCUCAUGUUGAUGGACGGAUAACAAACCCUGAACAAAGAAUAGCUAGCGACAUACCUAGGUUCUGUUCAGAAUUAAGUGACCUUGUACAUGAAGAUCUUAUAGCAGUCACUGAUGGUCUUCUUUAUAGUUGGCGUCUUUGUUCUUACGCAAGCCCCAAAUACAUUCUCUGGAUAUUGGCUUAUGUAACAGGGGUAGGGGGGUUGAUUGUAAAUAUCUCUCCUUCAUUUGGGAAAUUGAUGUCCAAAGAGCAACAAUUGGAAGGGGACUAUCGACAGCUCCAUUCAAGGUUAAGGACCCAUGCAGAAAGUAUUGCAUUUUAUGGAGGAGAAAACAGAGAAGAAUCACAUAUUCAGCAGAAGUUCAAAAACCUUGUCAAGCACAUGAAACUUGUUCUUCAUGAUCAUUGGUGGUUUGGAAUGAUUCAAGAUUUUCUGUUGAAGUAUCUUGGUGCUACAGUAGCAGUUGUGCUUAUUAUUGAGCCUUUCUUUUCUGGGGAUCUCAGACCUGACACUUCCACCUUGGGAAGAGCUGAGAUGUUGAGCAACCUAAGAUAUCAUACAAGUGUUAUAAUAUCUUUAUUUCAGUCCCUUGGGACUCUUUCUAUAAGUUCAAGACGGCUGAACCGGUUAAGUGGUUAUGCUGACCGCAUUCAUGAACUAAUGGUUGUCUCGAGGGAGUUAAGUGCACAUGACAAUAAAAGUGUUAUUCAAAGAAAUGGAAGCAGGAAUUAUAUUUGCGAGGCUAAUUACAUUGAGUUCUCCGGCGUCAAGGUAGUUACACCGACGGGCAAUGUACUCGUGGAUGAUUUAACGCUUAGGGUUGAAUCAGGAUCUAACCUUUUAAUUACAGGUCCAAAUGGCAGCGGGAAAAGUUCCCUUUUCCGAGUUUUAGGAGGACUGUGGCCACUAGUAUCUGGUUACAUUGUAAAGCCUGGUGUUGGAUCUGAUCUUAAUAAGGAGAUUUUUUAUGUGCCACAAAGACCGUAUACAGCUGUAGGAACACUCCGAGAUCAGCUAAUUUAUCCUCUUACAGCAAGUGAAGGGAUUGAACUACUCACUCGUAGCGAGAUGGCAGAGCUUUUGAAAAAUGUUGACCUUGAGUAUUUGUUAGAUCGUUAUCCUCCCGAAGAGGAGAUAAACUGGGGUGAUGAACUCUCUCUAGGUGAGCAGCAAAGAUUAGGGAUGGCCAGGCUAUUUUACCAUAAACCCAAGUUUGCUAUUCUCGAUGAAUGCACAAGUGCUGUUACUACUGACAUGGAAGAACGUUUCUGUGCUAAAGUUCGGGCUAUGGGGACAUCAUGCAUAACUAUAUCACACCGUCCUGCACUCGUUGCUUUUCAUGAUAUUGUUUUGUCUCUGGAUGGGGAAGGGGGCUGGAGAGUUCACCAUAAGAGGGAUGAUGAAUCUUUGGAGAUUAAUGAAGUUGAGAGCAAUAUGAUAAAGUCAUCUGAUAAGCACCGACAAAGUGAUGCCAUGACUGUUCAACGAGCCUUUGCUCCCACUAAAAAGGAUACUGCAUUUACAGGUACCAAGGCACAAUCCUAUGUUCCAGAGGUAUUGAGAAAAUCUCCUGUUGUUGAUCAUGAGGUUCCUUUGCCCGUGGUCCCCCAAAUGAAAAACACUCCAAGGGUACUGCCAUUAAGAGUUGCUGCAAUGUUUAAAAUAUUGGUACCUGCAUUGCUUGAUAAACAGGGGGCUCAACUUUUUGCGGUAGCUUUACUUGUUAUAUCGAGGACAUGGAUUUCAGACCGAAUCGCUUCCUUGAACGGAACCAGUGUAAAAUACGUUCUUGAACAGGAUAAGGCAGCCUUUAUUCGAUUAACUGGCAUCAGUGUUCUUCAGAGUGCGGCAUCUUCUGUAGUUGCUCCUUCCUUGAGGUACUUGACAGCCAGACUGGCUCUUGGGUGGAGAAUUCGUUUGACCCAACAUUUGCUGAAAAACUAUUUGAGAAAGAAUGCUUUUUACAAGGUAUUCAAUAUGUCAGGAGAAAAUGUUGAUGCAGAUCAGAGAAUAACACAUGAUGUGGAAAAGUUAACUUCUGAUUUAGCAAGUCUUGUCACUGGAAUGGUGAAGCCUUCUGUUGAUAUACUCUGGUUUACUUGGAGAAUGAAAUUGUUAACUGGCCAAAGAGGAGUUGCUAUACUAUACGCUUACAUGUUACUUGGUCUGGGUUUUCUGAGGAGUGUAACACCUGAAUUCGGUGACUUAGCAAGUCGAGAGCAACAACUUGAAGGAACCUUCAGGUUCAUGCAUUCAAGACUCCGUACGCAUGCUGAAUCUGUUGCAUUCUUUGGUGGUGGUUCUCGAGAAAAAGCUAUGGUAAAUGCAAAAUUCAGGGACCUUCUUAAUCACUCUAAGCUACUUCUGAAGAAGAAGUGGCUCUUUGGUAUACUAGAUGAUUUUGUCACAAAGCAGCUGCCACACAACGUCACCUGGGGUUUGAGUUUGUUGUAUGCCAUGGACCACAAAGGAGAUAGGGCAUUGACAUCUACACAAGGUGAGUUGGCACAUGCUUUGCGGUUCCUAGCUUCUGUAGUGUCACAGAGCUUCCUAGCUUUUGGUGACAUCCUAGAGUUGAAUAGGAAAUUUGUUGAACUUUCUGGUGGUAUCAAUCGAAUCUUCGAGCUUGAAGAGCUACUUGAGGCUUCUCAAAAAGAGGUUUCUCUACCGAAUACUGCAUCAUCGUUAGAGAUGAGUGAGGCAACUGUCGAAGAUGAGAUAUCUUUCUCUGAGGUUGAUAUAAUAACUCCCGGCCAGAAAUUGCUGGCUAGGAAGUUGACAUGUGAUAUAACGCCAGGAAAAAGCCUUCUUCUUACUGGUCCGAAUGGUAGUGGGAAAAGUUCUGUUUUCAGAGUUCUUCGUGGGCUAUGGCCAGUUGUCAGUGGAAAACUGACUAAACCUCGCCAAAGCGUGAAUGAAAGGAAUGGCUCAAGUUGUGGUGUAUUCUAUGUUCCUCAACGGCCAUACACCUGCUUGGGAACUUUAAGGGACCAAAUAAUUUACCCGCUCUCUUAUGAGGAAGCAGUGCUGAAGGCAUUGCAAAUGUCUCAAAGAGGUGAAAAGUCUGAAGAUGGAACAGAUGUGUUGAAUGCGCGACUGAGAUCUAUUCUCGAGAAUGUUAGAUUAGUUUACCUUCUCGAAAGGGAGGAGGGAGGCUGGGAUGCGGAUCUUAAUUGGGAAGACAUACUAUCUCUUGGAGAACAACAAAGGCUGGGCAUGGCUCGCUUGUUCUUUCACAAUCCUAAAUUUGGCAUCCUCGACGAGUGCACAAACGCCACCAGUAUUGAUGUUGAAGAACACCUAUACAGGGUAGCAACUGAUAUGGGCAUUACCGUUGUUACCUCUUCACAAAGACCCGCUCUUAUACCAUUCCAUUCUAUGGAGUUGCGGCUAAUUGAUGGCGAGGGAAAAUGGGAGCUACGUUUGAUCAAACAUUAAGAUCUUCAAGAUAUGAAGGUUUCCGUUGGCUUCAUAAAGCUGGCCUCCUCUGGGCUAGCAUUGUUGGCCAUCUCGACGCGUGGUAGCCUUGAUUGGCCGGUCCAACAAAGUUUUGCAACUUCCUUACAGGCUGAUGAGUUUUGUGUUGAUUCCAUUGGGAUGUCAUCUCGGCCUAAAAAAGGAAGCCGGUCAAAGAUUGUGACAUGAUUUGAUAAUAAAGAUGGAAGUAUACAAACAUGCCAAUAGUUUGUAAGUAAUAUUAGAAUAUUCUAUGUACAUGCAUUUAUGUGUCAUUCAAUGCUGGCAUGUCUAGAUAUUAACAUAAUGUAAUCCAUAAUUUGUUCUUUUAUCCGUCCAAUAAAGUAAAAGAAAGUUAGGACGCCAUGAUCGUUGUUCCAACACAGUAAUUUGUUCUUUU